AUGGAACAGCUCGACACGGAUGGAAUCAUUGUUAACAAACAAUUUGAAGGGUUUGGCGAGCCGAAUUCUAAGUGCAUCGUGACUCCAGCUUCUUACAACGGAUACGCAUGGGAGUGCUAUGUUUGUCGACGAGAGUUUAAUACCCCAGGAGCACUGUCUCAACAUGUCAACUCCCCAGUUCAUGCCCAGAAGGCAUAUCACUGCCCUAAUCGGGCUCUUUGCACUAAGCAGUUCGCUACCCUGGCAUCGCUAUUCAAUCACUUGGAGAGUGAGACCUGUAAUUACAUGCGAUUUGAGGAGGUGCAGGAGGUUCGCCAGCGCGUGAAAGACGCCAUUUUUAACAACAAACCUAUCACUAUGUGUUGA